AUGGCGUAUCAGUCCACCGGAAAAUAUGGCACCGAUGAUUUCGAUAUGCAAACAAUCGGAAACUUCCUUAGUUGUGCUUGCAGAGGUGAUAGGGUCGGGCUUAAUUUGAUGUUGAGAGAUGGAACGUCACCAAAUGUGCAGGAUUAUGAUAACAGAACUGCUCUUCAUCUAGCUGCUAGCGAAGGCCAUGCUUCGAUUGUAGAGCUUCUUUUGCACUAUAAGGCCGAUGUCAAUCUCGAGGAUCGGUGGCAUCGAACUCCUCUAACAGAUGCAAGGCUUUAUGGGCAUCGAGAUAUUUGCAGGAUUCUUGAAGUUAAUGGAGGCAAGCAUUCUGUAAUGAACAGCCCGAUGACAGUUCAUAAUGAAGAAGAUGCAAAGGAAGUGAAUAUCGAAAUUUCGGAGAUCAAUUCUGAGCAUUCGGAACGAAUUGAACAGGGUGUAUUGGGUGAGUCCGAAAUGGUCAAGUGGCGGGGAACAUGGGUUGUCAAAACAAUAAUCAAACGACAGAUAAACUUCCCAGUGAAAAUGGUUUUGUCUGCUAAUGAUAAUACUCACUUAAGGGAGCUUCGUCAUCCAAAUAUCGUGCAGUUUCUUGGUUCUAUCCAACACGAUGGUCAAAUGAUACUCAUAACCGAACAUUUGUCAAGAGGAAGCUUGGAUGAUAUUUUGAUCAAAAGAAUAGGACUUGAUCUACCACUUGCUCUGCGCUUUGCACUUGAUAUUGCUCGGGGAAUGAACUACCUUCAUCAUCACACGCCUUGCCCCAUAAUGCACAAUCAUUUGGAUCCUAAAAACUUGUUGCAGGAUGAAGGUGGCCAUUUGAAGAUUGGUGAAUAUUGGGUCCAAAUGUUGUACGAGUUACAUCCAAAUCAAGAUGAAUCACUUGGUUUUGCAGGUCAAAAUGCAGGCACUAUCAACCAACAUCUGAUCAAUAAACAAAGAGACAUCCAGUCAUUUGGACUUAUAUUUUAUCAGAUGGUGGAAGGGAAGUACAUCCCUAAAAUGAGGCAUCUCAAAUCGGUUGAUUUCGAAAUGAAAUUCAAUAGUAAAUGUCCUGCAAGAAUUCAACAGUUAAUUAAGCGGUGUACCAGCGAUAUUCUUUCUCGCCCCGACUUCAGUGGCAUCAUCGACACCCUAGAAGAAGUGUCCUUGUCUCUUGGAAAGCCUUCUUGUGUGUGUUAAGCAUGAUUGUAGCUACUCCAUGACUAUAAAUAACGAAA